AUGCAUGUCCGAUUCGUGCUGGCAAUGACACUGUGGCUGUGCGCCACUGACCUUCUGCAGGUACAGACACCGGGAAGAUAUAACACGAGCACCAAGAGCGGCUUAGACGCCUGCGCCCAUCGUAGCAGAGACGCCGCCGAGAUCAGUAACAGUCUGCUUUCCAACCUCAAACCAGAAGCUAACUGCCUGAUCCAGACGCUUUGCGAGGCAACGCAGGUGCCUGCAGGCUUGGUUCCCCGCAACUCUGAUGUGUUGCACGCCAACUUUGGCCAACUCGAUCGCGGCUCCAAGUGGAACUUGUGA